GCUAUCAGACGGUUGUGCUCUCGUCCUACCGCCACCUGGAAUAAAAGUGUUUAAACUGAAUUUGCACAAGUUCAAGUCUAGUACCGAAAAAUCGAGAAAUCAACUCCAUGAUAGUUCUAUGUGCUUAAAUUUAAUUUUCUGAAAUAAUAUCAGAGAUAUUAGCAAUUAAAACUCUACUUAAACUGCGAAGAAUAAUCAGUGCAAAGAAAAAGUAAAGGUGGAAAAACAAGAGAUCAUAUCAUUCUUAAAAAACAGGCAAUAGAGUAACUGUUGUAUUAACUCUUAAACCGGUAAACAGAAUUGCGGUUCGGGAUUUCGGUUCUGAAACUGAUUCGAUUUUCUUCUCUCGCGUAAACGUUUUUUUGGCACCCACGCGCGCUCUCUCGCUUUGCCAAUCGGCCGCUCUCUCGCGUAAUAACGUUGGGCCUACACCGCUGGCCAAAAAUUUAGCAUCAGCAGUCGCACACCGCCAUUCGCGCGCUUGCCAUAAAUUGUGAUUAACCGCAGCACAACCAAAAGCGUCAGCAAGACGAAGAUUUUUAAUUAAAUUAAGAGUGAAAAAUACCAGCAACCACAACAGCAGGAACAGCGAACGUAAACAAUCAGCGCUGGAUAUUAAAUAUUUAAAUAUUUGCUCUCUGAAAAUUGUGCGGCAUUUUAAAUUAGGACUCCACGACACAUCCGUGCGCAUAUAAAAGUGACAUAUCCUAUGUGUGUCCUGUGCCCCAGUGAUCCCGAAUAUAUGCCAUAGAUGCGGUGUGUGCCAAGCCAAAACAGCCAUAAAUAAAGCCAAGCAAACAAAUAAUUAAACGAACAAUCGGGUCAAAGUGCUUAGUUAGGCUAAAAGACCCAAAACCGACGAGGACAAUCCCCCAGUUUUCGAGCGAGGCCACACACCCUUGUCGUCGCCAUUGUCGCAUCGAAAGCAAUUAAAACGGACGUCGGCCAAAACAAAUAGCUAUCAGCUAUAAAUUUACAACGCCCCAGGAAAAUGCAUUGCAGCAAAACAAGCAAUUAAAGCAGUGCAGGCCCGCAACCACGAACCGAACCAACCUGUAGUAUCCUGCCGCCUGCUGUGCUAAAAACCUAUUUUGAAUAAUUAAAAUUCCGUAAGUGCUGCAGUCGAAGACGUCGACACAAAGGCGAAGUGGCAGUGGAAGUGGAAGUGGUUGCAAAAAAAAAAAACACAGAAAAGAAAACCCCGGUAUCCCUUCGCAACACAAUCUGCGGCCUGCAAAUUCGUGUGCAGCAAUGAAAUAAUUAAUUCAAUGCACCUGACUAAGCCGGCCAGCAGCAGAAGCAGCACAAUUGCUUACGAAUUCGAGUGCCCCAGCAACAUCGACUGCAACAACUGCAACAACAGCGACUCCGACAAAAUGGCCACCGCGGCGAGGACAAUUAGCCAGCCAGGACAUAUCCGCGAUCGGCGGCCAAGGAGCCUGCCCCACAUCCUGCUCAUGGCCAUCGCAGUGGUGUCCUUGCACUUUGAGAGUGUUUCUGCCCAGAGCCUGAUGACCAAGAACGAGCCCAUGUUCAUAUCACGUUCGGAGACAUUCAAGUUUAUCACCGGCGAGACAAUAGUCCUGCCCUGCGAAGUAGCCAACACGGAUACGUACGUUGUGGCCUGGAAGCGAGGCAUCGCUAUAUUGACCGCCGGAUCCGUGAAGGUGACGCCCGAUCCCAGGGUUCGCCUGGUCAACGGAUUCAACCUGCAGAUACGCGACGCUCUGCCAACGGAUGCCGGCGAUUAUAUCUGCCAGAUUGCCACCAUGGAUCCGCGCGAAAUCACCCACACGGUCGAGAUACUGGUGCCGCCGAGGAUUCAUCACAUUAGCACCGGCGGACAUUUGCAAGUCAAGAAGGGCUCGUCGGUGCGCAUCGAGUGCUCGGCCACGGGUAAUCCAAUGCCGAAUGUGACUUGGAGCCGCAAAAAUAAUAUUUUGCCCAACGGCGAGGAGAAACUCCACUCGCACGUUCUCUCCAUCGAGAAUGUGGAUCGGCACAAGGGCGGCGUCUACAUAUGCACUGCCAACAAUCGCGUCGGCCAGCCGGCUUCCAGCCAGGUCGUCCUCCAUGUCCUGUUUUCGCCGGAAAUCUCCGUGGAGCGUCCCGUGGUCUUCUCCGGCGAAGGACACGAGGCCACGCUGGUCUGCAUCGUCCACGGCGAAACACAGCCUGAGGUAAUUUGGUUCAAAGACACCAUGCAACUGGAUACCACGGAGCGGCACAUCAUGGAGACGCGGGGAUCGCGGCACACGCUGAUUAUACGCAAAGUGCAUCCGCAGGACUUUGGCAACUACUCCUGUGUGGCGGAGAAUCAGCUCGGCAAGGCACGCAAGACCCUCCAGCUGAGCGGAAAGCCGAACGUUGCCGUUUUUAAUUCACCGCCAAUCAGUCAGUACAAGGACAGAUACAACAUCUCCUGGGCCGUCGACUCGCACUCGCCCAUCGAGGAGUACAAGCUGUCCUUCCGCAAGCUGCCGCAAGGACACGAGGUCGUUGGCAAUGCCAUCGACUCGCCGUCCUCCUCCUCGUCGCUCUCCUCCUCCUCCUCCUCGUCCCAGAUGUACGGCUCCGGGCUACACGCGCACCGGAUUGGCAGCAACAUGGGCGGACUGUCCGGCUUGUCGGGAUUGUCUGGCACUGGCAGCUACUCCGGCUACGGCAACGUUAUGCACUGGGGCCACAACGACUGGCGCAACGUCGUCCUGCCCGCCGUUCCCGUCUCGCACCACUUCGUCCAGGGCAUGAGCUACAUGGUACGCGGCCUGGAUCCCGACGUGCACUAUGAGGCCACCGUGCAGUCCAGGAAUCGUUACGGAUGGAGCGAUUUGACCAACAGUUUUGUCUUCUCUACAUCAUCGAAUGAUAACGAGAUGAGGGAUCUGAGCGUCACCUUCUACGGCAGCGGCGCCAUCAACCGGCAGAAGCUCGGCCUUUUGGCCCUGAGUUCCGCCACUCUGGCUUUGAGCCUGCUCGUGGCCUAAUUGCGUUCGAUUUCGACCUGAGUUACGAAUUUCACCGCCGCCGCCGCGACCGCCAAUAGCAGUAAAGCGAAUCGUUUGACUUUGAUCCGGAACAGCAUACGGAAAACAGCAGACAACAGACAACAGACAGCAGCAAGUCAGCAGUCAGCAGACAGAAGACAAAGGAGUAAGGAUAAAGGAUCAAGGACUUGUGUCCUGCACAAGAACACACACACUCUAGUCGUAACUGGUAGCCUAAGAGAGGAUCCCCAUUUAGGCAUAAGCUUACGAUACAAUUACAACUACGAUUUCUCAUUGUUCGAUUCGAAUUUCUCAAGCAAAAGUUUAGUGGAUUAACCGCAACGGAAAACGGAACCAUACAACAUUAUACAUGUAACAAUCAAUGUAAAAGAGCAUGCAACUGUUCAAACUAGGACCCAUAAAGCAUAUAGACCCACUUACACCCACGCACACUCACCCACACAUUCGCCACUCGACCAUUCAAGCACCCAAACAAAAAAAAAAAAAACAGUGUACAUAGAUUUUAUUGCGUAUUCCUAGGAAUAAACUGCACCAAAGAAAUAGUCACUCGACGAGAGAAGAAAAGCCCACAUUUACAUAUAACUAGUACGUAUUCGAUUGAAUAGGAGUUGGUGUUCUUCGGAGUACUUAUGCGGAUAGUUAAUUUAAUUGAUACAUAAAUGCAUAUACUAAUUAUGGGAUAUCGAAUACGCCACUGCCGCUCGCCACACCAUGAAUUUUAGUCGAAUUUGCAGACAAACGGCAGACUUUAACUAAUUUGCAGAUGCAUUCCAAUGGCUUACAGCAGACAGCGUUUUUCUAGCUUUUUGCAAUUUGUAUGUACGUAGCAGCUAAGUAGCUUAAUUGACCGCAUAAAUGCAAUUAAAUUAGUAAACAGACGUAUUGAUUUGGUAUGUAAAUUAAUCCACACACAAAAGGGGCAGCCCGUAGCAGCUUCCAUAAGGCUAUUCGAUUCAAACUAGGUGGUAAGUGUAAAUAAAUAUGAUUGAUAUAAAGUAUGGGGCGAGAGCAGGAGCAUUAUAGAAUAAUGAAUCUCAACAGUAAUAACUAUAUAAAUACCCACACGAUGCUUAAUCUCUCCAACACCACAAGUGGUGUGGCCAAGGUUGUUUUAUGUAAAUAUAGUGCACCACAGUCAUUCGAAUCUCAUGAAAUAUGUACUUACAGUUCGAUACUCGUAUUGUUGCUUCGCAACGCAAAUGGCACCUUCUCGUUUGGUUCUCCGGCACCCUGUUUUAUAUCCAUUUUGGCAAUCCAGGACCGCAGGCCGAUCAGAAAUCGCACCUUAGAUGCAGUCGUAUGAGCUAGACCAUAAGUGAAUAUCGUAAUGAGAUUAUCGAAGGAGACGCCUAAAUAUAAAUAAAUGUAUAGGAAAAUAACUUUACUUGAUUUCCGAAUAACUCAGCCAUAUACAAGAUACGCAUUCAGCUUUUCUAGAAUUAAAUAAAUGUGGGCAAUGCGGUUAAAAAACCAAAAACGGAAAAUAGCAUAGAAAUAUAUAGUACGUGUAAUUAAUACUGCUGUCGAACGAUUGGCCACACAAAGCGAAAAGUGAACAACAGCAGAGUAUAAUUUGUGUUAAUGUGAAUGUAAAUGGAUGUGCAACAAGCGAUACAAUUAAUGCUAAAACCAAACAGCAGAUAAAAUUUAAAUCCCCCAACUUCCCGCGUCCCCCCAAAAAAAUAAAUUCCCCCCCACGAUUCCCACUAAAAGUUGCUUUGGUCCGGCGACUGGAGCCCAUCGAUGAGUUAGCUAAAUGACGAAGAAGUCGGUACUCAGUAUAUAUACACCUGAUAUAGCGAUCGAGCCGUUACUUGUAUGUGUAAUUUACAGCUUAGUUAUAGUUAUCUCAUUUUGUUAAAUGCAACAAAUACCAAAUCUACUUUAACGUAAUAAUAACACUAACCUACACCAGAACAUUUUCGGUAUUGAAUGUAUAUGUGACUAGAAACCGUAUGUGUAUGUAUAUUUGAUUAUUUUGUAAAAUUU